CUCCAAAAAAAAAAGACAAAAAAAAAAUGCUUGACUUGUUCAAUCUAGUUUGCUUUUUUGUGUUAGGAUUUAUAGGAUGGGUUACUUAUAAAAUAUUUAUUUGGCCAUUUUAUGUUUCUCCUUUGAGAAAAAUUCCUGGUCCACCAUCUGCAAAUCCAAUUUUUGGAAAUAUUAUGACACUUUUGAAAGAAGAGGAACCACAACUCAAAUGGAUACAAGAAUAUGGGAAUAUUAUAAAAUACUAUGGGAUAUUUAAUGAACCAACUCUUUUUGUCGCAGACACAAAAAUAAUUCAAGAAAUUACAUUAAAUAAAGUUUACGAUUUUAUUAAACCCCCUAAAAUGUUGGCUGAUGCUAUUAUAAUUGCCGGUAAAGGUAUUGUACUUGCAGAAGGUGAAGAUCAUAAGAGACAAAGAAAAAUGAUGAACCCAGCUUUCUCUCAUAAUAAUGUCAAAGAAAUGAUUCCAACAUUUAUUCGUGUGGCUUUUACCCUAAAAGAUUUAAUCGAAGAUAAAGUAAACUUAGGAGAAUCUGAAAUUAAUCUUACUCCUUAUAUCUCAAAAGCUACGUUAGACGUAAUUGGCUUAGUAGGAUUUAAUUACGAGUUUAAUUCAUUGACAUCUUCAAAUGAAUUGGCGGAAGCUUAUGAUUCUCUUUUAAAUGGUCCAAACCCUAUGCUACGCGUUGCAAUUAGUAUGCUAUCAAAUUAUAUUCCAUUUAUUAGAAAAAUUCCAACAGACAUAAAUAAAAGAUUUGCUAAUGCAUGUGAAGUUAUUGAACGUGUAUCAAAGAGAUUGAUCAAAGAAAAAUAUAAUGAAGACGAAAAUGGAGAAUUAAAAGGAAAGGAUUUAUUAUCUUUAUUAAUUAAUAUUAAUAAGACAUUACCUACUGAAGAAAAAAUGACUGAUGAAGAAUUAAAAUACCAGAUUAUGACAUUUUUAAUAGCAGGGCAUGAAACUACGAGUGUUUCAACUUGUUGGGCUUUAUAUUUACUUGCACAACAUCCACGUGAGCAAGACUUAUUACGUGAAGAAUUAGUUAAAGCUUUUCCUGAUAAAUCAAAAUUUAAUCCUACAUUUGAUGAAAUUAAUUCUUUGGAGUAUUUAAAUUGUAUAGUUAAGGAAACUUUAAGAAUACAUUCUCCAGCACCAUUUACUACUCGAACUAAUCUUAAUGAUGAAACUUUUGGGGAAUAUUUCAUUCCAAAAGAUACUACAAUAAUGGUUGCAAUAUCAGCACUUCAUAAAUCGCCUGAAAUUUGGGGCUCAACUGCCAAGGAUUUUGAUCCACAAAGAUGGUUAAAUCCUUCUUUAACCAAAAAUGUGACAAAUUUAAAUUAUUUACCUUUUCUUACUGGCACAAGAGCUUGUAUAGGCAAUAAAGUAGCUUUAAAUGAAUUUAAGAUAUUAUUAAGUAUGUUAAUUAGGAAUUUUGUUUUUAAACCAAUUGAAGGAUUUCAACUUGAACCAAGAACUAUGGCAGUUAAUAAGCCUAAACCGUAUCUUGGAUUAAACGUUUCUAAAGUUGAAGGGUAGUAUUUCAGAAAUUUAUAUAAUAUUUUUCCAUUCAUUAUAAAUUAGUUUAAUUAAUUUGAGACUUAAAAUAUGCCAUAAAUCUUUUAAAAUAAAUCAUGUUUUGAUCGAAGUAUUCCAUAAUACGUCAAUAUAGAUAGCUAACAACUAAUAUAAUUGACUCAAAUUUAAAUUUGUGUAAAACUAUUGUAAACAGCAAGUUUUAAUUAAUGGCUAAAAAUCACACGUCGCCACGUCGCUUUGGGGUGUUCUGUCAACAUAUAUAGU